AUGUCGGAUGAAUAUGAGAGGAGUGAGGAACUGGUUGAUGACACUUCAAUGGGAUCAUCCCAGAAAUGUUCAUCCUUUGAUUUGAAUGAAGAAGCUAGUAGUGAAAAUAACAACAAUGAUGAUGAAAGUGACAAGGGAUACGAGGAAGCUAAGGACGAAGGUACUUCAACAAAUAAAAGUAGCAGCAUAACAAGGGAAGGAAAUCAUGAACGAAGAGGUGGUGUGAGACAAUACGUUAGAUCAAAGAUGCCUAGGCUUCGUUGGACACCUGAACUUCAUCUAUCCUUUGUGCAUGCUGUUGAAAGGCUUGGAGGUCAAGAGAGAGCAACACCCAAAUUGGUGCUUCAGCUAAUGAAUGUAAGAGGACUCAGCAUUGCUCAUGUCAAGAGUCAUUUGCAGAUGUAUCGGAGCAAGAAACUCGAUGAGGUUGGGCAAGUAUUAGGUCAAACAUACAAAUCAACCCAUGAACUUGGUCGUCUUUCUCAUGUAGCCCAUCAAUCCAUAAAUCCUCGUCAACAUUUUAAAAUGGGGAAUGGUGGAAUUAUUUUAGCAAGUGAUUACAGCGAGCACAGUUAUUUCCAUGGUCUCUUGCAUCCUUCCACCCUAUCACAUUCACAUUCAAAAGUCAUCGAUUCAAGGCACCAACAAUGGCACCUCAACAAUCAUCAAACUUUUAGAAGACCAAGUUACUUUAGCAACGAAGUUGUCGCCUCAACAGCAUUACAAACGCAAGGAAGAUCAAUGUCUGCAAAUCAAAUUCAACUAAUGGAUGCUACCAGCAUUGCUCCCAUGAGACCAAGCCAAUUUCUUGAAGAGAAAAGAUGGCCUCCAUUGGAAAUUAUGAACAAUCAUCCCUGGAAGAAAAGGUUACCUGCCACUAUUACUUCCAAUACUGAGUCACAAUCAGUUGUACUUCAUCAAUUUGGCACCACUACUCCAGCAUCUCUUAGACCAAGUGAGUUCAACUUCGGAAACAACACAAGAAUCAGGGAAUAUCUAUCUAAUUCCGAUGAGCAUCGCAGCUAUUCCAACAGUUUCAAGAUAGAUUUUGAACCUCCAUUUCGGAUUAAGUCGAAUCAAGAGAAAUUGCAGAAAGACAAGCAAUGGGUACCUGAUUUGAGACUGAGUUUAAGUCAGAGAGAUGGCAACAGUGAUGGCAAGACUGAUGAUCAUUGCAGAGAAACCCAAGAAAUCAACACGAAACUUUCACUUUCAUAA